AUGGGGUUCAUGACCAACAACAACAUGAUGCUGGUCAUCCAGUUGACGCUUCUACUGGCGAUGUUCGUGAAGCUCAUCAUGAUAUCCCAAGGCAGUACCCAGUCGGGUCGAGCGGUUUACCGCCGACUGGUGGCCCGAAGUAUUGUGUGCACUGUCGCUGUCGUCUUGGGGUAUACCACCACAACUGCCGUUGUCGUCCUCGCCGUGCUCGCCGCUUUCCCCGGCAACAACCAGAUUGCGUUGCCUUUCGGGUUCUCCAGCUGCCUGAAGUCUAUCAAGGCUGGCAGGAACGCGGGCGUUGUUGUCUCACCGCUGAAGUUUCUUAACUGCUCGGGUUGA